GCAGGGCUGAGCUGCCGCCGAGGCUGCACCAUCCAGCCCGACAGCCUGCUCGCAAAAUGGACCAGGAAACCCUGGGAAGCGUUGUCCUGCUCGCCAUCGUCACCUUGAUAAGCGUUGUCCAGAACGCUUUUUUUGCUAGCAAAGUGGAGCACGAAAGCAAACACUGCAACAGCAAGGGGUUCCAGCGCCCGGGAUCCUCCGCCUUCGACCGUGUCUACACUGCCAACCAGAACUGCGGACACACGUACCCGACGUUUCUGGCCAUGCUUUGGUGCGCUGGCCUCCUCUGCAGCCAAGCUCCUGCCGCCUUUGCCGGCCUGAUGUACUUGUUUGUGAGGCAGAAGUACUUUGUGGGCUACCUCGGGGAAAGGACUCAGAGCACUCCUGGUUACUUGUUUGGAAAGCGCAUCAUUUUGUUCCUGUUCCUCAUGUCCGUGGCUGGAAUACUCAACUACUAUCUCGUCUUCUUUUUCGGAAGUGACUUUGAAAUGCACAUAAAAACGAUAACCAGCGCGAUCUCUCCGUUGCUGCUCAUCCCCUAGCUCCCCACCGCACGCAGGGGGUCAGCCUGCUUCACGUAGCGCUACCCAGGAGCAGCCAUAAUUCAACUGUUUAAGGAAUGAACCCGUAACCCUUUUAGACUGCUGUAAAUCUCAUGCUUGAUGGGCUUUGUCGUUUGAUUUAACCUUGCUUUUUCCUUCAGGAAAAAGAUUUAUUGUGAGCACUCGGCAUGCCCAGGGAAUGGUAACAACUUUCAGUUAAUUCUGUAGCGUUUUUUCCCUAAACUGCAGCUUGCAAGCUGAUUGUGGACUGGAAGAGACAUUGUAAGCUUGCUUCACAAC